UUUACAAGUCAUAGUUAGUGCCGCGUUCGUUACAAAUAUUGUUGUUGUUGUUGUGGUUGUAAAUAAAUCGAUUUUUAAAUUGAAAACAUGUCCAACAAUUAUAAUAUCGCAUCGAAUUCAUUACUGAAGCGACAAAGCACCGAAACCGAGACCGAUUUUGCUGCAAAAAAAGCAAAAUUAACUGAGUCUAACCUAAAUGACCAUUCAAACGAUUCAAAAGCAGAAUUACAGUUAGAUCAAUUGAACGCUGAAAGCGCUGAAGGACGAUCCAGUCAGACAAAACAUUUGAACUCGUUUAUUUUGAGGGGACAGAAUCGAAAUGUUCAGAUUUUUCCUAGCCAAAUCGUAUGGUGUCGCCACGAAAAAUCGGCAUUUUGGCCGGCAAUGGUUUGGCCAUCGAAAUUGGGAAAAAUUACCGAUGACAGAAAGCGAAAAGUUCUGGUUAGCUUUUUCGGCGAGAACAGUACAAAUAUUUGGAUGAAAUUGGACAAUGUGUUUCCGUUCGAUGGACUUCAAUCUUUCGAUAAGAUGAAAGAUUCGGUGAAUGUGCUACUCUUGACGCGCCAAAUGAAAAAGGACUACGACUUCGCUUUCAACGUAACAAUGAAUGAAAUGUGGCAUCGAGCCGUAGCAGAAGCAAUCUGCUGUAUGCGCAAAGACCGGGAAGGAAGACUGUCGCUGUUUCUUACUUUCUCUUCGUCAUAUAAAUAUCGAAAGAUUCGCAAGAAUUCAUUACACCGCCGAUCAAUUGCAUUAAACACAUCGAACCGAUGUCUGGUCAAGGCAUCCCGCGUAAAUGAUGAAAUAAGUCGAGUGGAAUCGUUCAUAAACACUGUCAGCUUUUCUACCCCUGAGACACCAAUCGAUGCAAGAGAAACUCCGCAUUCUGAGAAAAUGUUUUCAAAAUUCAUAACGGAGAGCAUUGCCAGCUGCAGAUUCACAGAUGGUGUGAACAACCGAUGCAGUAUUUGCAUUACCGACCAGACGAUCGAUCAGAAGCUCAUCAAAUGUGGUGGCACUUGUGAUGGUUAUUUUCACCAGAAAUGUGUUGAGAAAGGAGCUCCACAAGAUCUCAGUCACAGAGAUGAUGCAGGAGGGCCGAACGAUUUCAUUUGUGAAAAUUGUACGAGUGAAUCGAAAACGCUUUGUUUCAUAUGCAAAGCCAGCGAAGAUUCACCAGGAUCGCAAAUGCUAAAUUGCAAAGUAUCGCAUUGUCUGCGACGCUAUCAUACGACAUGCCUGCUAAGUUGGCCACAGUCGCAUUGGACUGGCUCCGAUGAGGACUUUACUUGUCCAUCACACCAGUGUCACCAGUGUGGACCCGAUCCGAACGAAAGCAAACGCAAGGCUUAUUUGACGACUUGCAUCAAAUGUCCUACAGCAGUUCACAACGACGCUAGCUGCAUCCACGCAGGAACGGUUAUUCUAUCAGACACUCGGCACAUUUGCAUAAGACAUCGACAACUUCGAAAGAACGCUUCAAAUUUGGAUUAUUGCUACAUUUGUGACAUGGCUUACAACUUAGUACGCUGUCGAGCUUGUCCACAUUCAUAUCACGCACAGUGUUUGCCUACAACAUCCACUUCCAAUUCGACUUGUCCCAAAUGCUUGAACGGUCAGCAUCCAGUGUACGGUGAUAUUGUUUGGGCAAAACUAUAUACGUACGCAUGGUGGCCGGCUAUGAUCGUCCCACCUCAUUGCAUUCCAGAAAAUAUUCGAACUGAUGAACAUUUGCCACACGACAUAUGUGUGUGCUUCUUCGGAGACUACACAUUCUCGUUUAUCGACAGACAGUCCAUCUAUGCGUUCGAAGAAGACAACUUUGCAUUGUUCACUGAAAAUGGGAGCAAAUUCAGUGACGCAAUACUGUCAGCGAGAAAAUGGGCUUUGCGGGCAAAGUCCAUAAAAAGACAACAGUCGGCUCCAUCGACAUCCACAACAGUUGGAACUGUCGAGUCUCCAACACCGUUCGAGAGUAUCGUGAAAAACGUUUUCGUUUCACCAGCGACUCGCAUCAUUGAUUCCAACAAUGAAGCCUCGUCAUGCCAAUGCAGAGCAGAAGAGAAGGAAAACGAUGAUCCAUGUGGCGUUUCGUCAAAUUGUCUGAACCGGGCGUCGUGCACUGAAUGCAAUGACCUGUGUCCCAACGCUGAGAAAUGCAAGAAUAAAUGCAUUCAACAGGGCAAAUACGCCGAAGUCAGUUUGAAAUAUUUUGGAUCGAAAGGAUUCGGACUGGUAGCCUCCGAUUGGAUUCCAAGUGGUACGAUUGUACAACAGUACACAGGUGAAGUCAUAACCACACCGGAGUUUGAGCAUCGCGUUCAAAACAGACUGAGAAGUAACGUUUAUUUUAUGAAAUACACGAAAGAGCAUUACAUUGAUGGCGAAACAAAGGGCAGUGUGGCCAGGUAUAUAAACCACUCCUGCAAUCCUAAUUGUGAAUUUCGCCUUUGGUCAGUUAAUGGGGAAAAUGUCGUGGUCGUCAUUGCUUUGAAGAAUAUUCCAAAGGACACUGAAAUUACAUGCAAAUACGAUUGGUCACGUCAGGUUCCCUGUCUGUGCAAUGAAGAAAAUUGCUCCGGAAUUUGUUGAUUAUUUUUGUUUAUCUUUUUUACAUUCUUUUUGUUAAUAUCAUGUGAAAAUUAGCUGAAUUUGUUAAAGUUUAUCGUCAGUAACAAUAGAGAAAUUUAUUUCG